AUGGCUCCAAGCAGACGCCGUGAAUCAGUAAUCAACAAGACCACCACCGACGACGGCGCGCGGUCGCUGAUCCAGGAUGAGAACCGUCGCACCGACAAUUUGAAGGACCGCUUCAUCGGCGCCAUUGAUCAGGGCACCACCAGCACGCGCUUUAUUGUCUUUGACGGCACCGGCCUUCCGGUGGCCUCGUACCAGUCGGAGUUCCGCCAGAUUCACGCGCAUUCAGGAUGGCAUGAACAGGAUCCCAAAGAGCUUGUCUCUUCCGUAGAAAAAUGUAUAGAAGAGACGAUGAAGACCUUUCUGGCCCUAGGCCACUCGAAAUCCGAUAUCUCCACCAUCGGCAUUACCAACCAGCGUGAGACUACCGUCGUCUGGGAUUGGGAAACCGGAGAGCCCCUGCACAAUGCCAUUGCCUGGCCUGAUACCCGUACUAAAAGUAUGGUGCGAGAAUUGAGAUCGAAAGAGGGUGCUGAUGAUCUGGACAAGAUCUGUGGACUGCCCCUGUCGACCUAUCCCUCGUCCGUGACCCUCAUGUGGCUGUUGCGCUAUCGUCCCGACGUCAAGAGGGCUUACGACCAGGGUCGCCUCGCAUUCGGUACUGUCGACAGCUGGCUUCUGUACAAUCUAAACGGAGGCGUCAAGAAUAAAGUGCACGUGACCGAUGUGACCAAUGCCUCGCGAACUAUGUUCAUGAACUUGCACAACUUGAAAUACGACGAUACCCUGUUGAAAUUUUUCGGCUUAGAUAAGAAUAAAAUCAGGCUCCCUAAAAUAGUGCCAUCCGCAGACGCCAAAGCAUUUGGCAGCCUCGACGGCGGUCCCUUGGCCGGGACAAAGAUUACCAGCUGCCUCGGUGACCAGUCGGCCGCCUUGGUCGGCCACUGUGCUUUCGAGCCUGGAUAUGCAAAGAACACUUACGGAACUGGUUGCUUUUUGCUUUAUAAUGUGGGCGAAAAACCCGUCAUAUCGCAGCACGGUCUAUUGGCCACCGUGGCCUAUCAACUCGGAGAGGACCGAAAACCAGUCUACGCGCUGGAGGGUAGUAUUGCUGUGGCGGGCAGCGGUGUCUCGUUUUUGAUGAACAAUAUGGGUUUCUUCCGUGACUCGCGAAAGGUCAGUGAAGUUGCUGCCACGGUGCCUGAUAACGGUGGCUGCGUGUUUGUUACUGCAUUCAGUGGUCUCUUUGCUCCAUAUUGGGUUGAUGAUGCAAAGGGAACGAUCUUCGGUAUCACCCAGCAUACGCAAAGAGGCCAUAUCGCCCGCGCCACAUUGGAGGCUGCUUGUUUCCAAACUAAGGCGAUUUUGGACGCAAUGGCAAAGGACAGUGGGCACCAACUAUCCGAUCUGGCUGUCGAUGGUGGAAUGAGUAACUCGGAUAUCUGCAUGCAGUCCCAAGCUGAUAUCAUUCAAAUCCCGAUUGAGCGGCCGUCAAUGCACGAGACCACUGCGCUCGGGGCUGCCAUUGCCGCGGGCUUUGCGAGUGGAAUCUGGUCAACGUAUGAGGAGUUACGACACAUGAAUCGCGCCAACCGCACCGUGUUCAAGCCUUAUUUGUCAGCGCAUGAGAGUGCCUUGAUGUACAAACAGUGGAGUAAAGCAGUUGAAAUGUCGCGAGGCUGGCUUGAUGCUGGCGAAAUUGGAAUGGACGAGGAGGAUGAGGAGGAGGAGGAACAUCCAAAUUCAGCGCCAGUUCCUUCAGCGCAUGAAGAAAUUCAACGCACGAUGGACGAAGUUGCCAUCGAAGAGAGUGACGAUGUGGCCAUCAGUUCAGGCGACGACGUAGCCGUCAGCUCGGAAUGA